CUCCCCAAGCAUGCGUAAAUGUUGGCGCUCUCGCACUAGGAAACUUCAUCCCGAAUGUUUACAACAAAUAAGUCCACAACAUUGCCAUGUUGGGUUUGACACAGGAUCGCACAUGUCAGGCAAAAUAAAGUUAGUGUGAGUUUGUCACAUGAGGAUGAUGAUGACUCAUGAUUAGCCUAGUUAUAGUACUAUAGCCUAACCUAGGAAUAGCUUUGUAAUAAUUGACUAAUUGCCAUAAUAACAUUAUGCAGGAAGUUUAUGGACCAAUAUUUCAAAGCAACAAUUUGAUAUUUAGCCUACUGGUGCAAGCUUUCCUUUGUCAGUCAUUUCAAUUUGAAGCGGAGGAAAAAACAAGACAAUUAAAAAGAUUGACAGGUGGGCUCUACUGUCAGGGUGACGCUUGUAGCGCGAGGGGAGGAGUGAAAAUGAAGCAGGAAAAGCCACUCGAUGCGUCUGUCUAUCAGUUGAGACUGUCUGAAACGCGUCGAGAUUCCCUGCGUUUCAUUUUUUUCCGGAGGAGCAGACGAGACCUCGGUUCACUCCCCUGGAGUUUACAGAAGGAACAUUCUCUCCGGCGAGGGUGGAUGCCUGCAUCUUGUUUGUUUCUCUUUAGUCGCAGGCUCCCCACCACAUCAACCACCUGCAUAUUCCUUGAUCGGCGGCUGAUAAUAGUCAUUUUAACGACUAGAAAUAUCUGAGCUUGAAGAAGCGCAGCCUUCCCACGGAAAUACAUUGUGUUCGCUCACACCGGACUUAUUCGUUUACCAUCAGAGUUGAUUUAUUUUGGAGUGAAGACGAUACAAAGUAGCCACAACACCGCCAUAUAGCCCCAUAUGGCAGCAGGGGAGUGACUGAAACUUGGCUUCGAUGUCUGCCCCUUUUUUUCUGACACACAGAGAUGAGGGAAGAUGGUAUUUGAUAGACAUGUUAUGAGCUGGCGAAAUUCGUGCGUCGUUUUGAUAUCACAGAAACCCUUUUUUUCCCCGUUUGUCCUUUAUCUCCUGUCAUUUGUUUCUAUUCCUAGGCCUUAAGGACAUAUUUAGUUACAUUGUGGCCGUUUCAGGUUGUCUGGCAUAAGCCCACAAUUACAAAAGAAACAAACCAUUCUAAUAGAAAAAAACUGUUUACGGUUAUUUCCCGAAAAAAAAGCGACGGGAUGGUUUUUCUCCACUGACAGACUUAUUGUUUUGAUCCCUGCAUGAAAAGUACCGUGGACCGUGACGGUCACUAUGCCGAGGAGAAAGCAGCAAGAGCCCAGGCGAUCAGCAGCUUACUCGCCAGAGGACGAGUUUAAGGCAGGAGCAGUCGACGAGGAACACCUGCAGGAUGACGGGCUGUCACUGAACGGGGAGGACACUGCGUACCUUUGCAACGAGGGAGAGGAUGGAGGCCAGCCGCCCAGCUACCGGGCCUCUCCACUCAGCAACGGCACCAACCCAGACGCUGGUUACGGCUCCCCGCUCAGUGAUGCCAGCGACCGGCUCACGGACUUCAAGAGCACCUCCUCCAGGGAUGGCCAUGAGAGGGAGGAAGCCCCCCUCCCCUCUGGACUGAACAAUGGCCUCUCCCUGAGGGACAGCCUGGCUCAGAUGAAAGCUGUCUAUGCAAACCUGAUCUCAGAUGCUUCCUGGUCCAGCAUUGCCAUGGACAUCAUGAAAGCCACACCGGCUACUGCUGGCGCCAUCCCCACCGCCACCAGCCCCACCGCUACCACCACACACAACAACAACCACAGUGAGAACAGCAAUGCUAGCAGCCACCACCACAAUGGGAGAAGAAGUACCGCCACCGCCUACCACCACAGAAGCAGUGGCAGCUCUAACGGCACCGCGGCUAACUCCAUCAGUAGCAACAGUGGCACCAGCAGUGGCGGUGGCGGUGCUAGUAACGGUGGGGCUGUGGCCUAUGACUGGCACCAGGCAGCCUUGGCUAAGACCCUCCAGCAUACCCCUUACCAACUGCUGCCUGAGCCCAGCCUGUUCAGCACGGUGCAGCUCUACCGCCAGAACAACAAGCUCUACGGCUCAGUCUUCACCGGCGCCAGCAAGUUCCGCUGCAAAGACUGCAGCGGCGCCUACGACACGCUGGUGGGGCUCACGGUCCACAUGAAUGAGUCGGGCCACUACCGUGACGACAACAAGGACAAGGAGGAAGAGCGGGGCAAGCGCUGGUCCAAGCCCCGCAAGCGCUCCCUGAUGGAGAUGGAGGGCAAAGAGGACGCUCAGAAGGUGCUCAAGUGCAUGUACUGCGGCCACUCCUUCGAGUCUCUGCAGGACCUGAGCGUUCACAUGAUCAAGACCAAGCAUUAUCAGAAAGUGCCUCUCAAAGAACCGGUGCCAGCCCUGGCCACUAAACUGAUGCCCUCUGCCAAAAAAAGAGCCCUCCAGGACGCCCUGGUAUCCCCAUGCUCCCCAGACUCUGUACAUGGUAGCGGUGGCCACAUGCCCCAAGGGGACAUUGGGAAAGACCCCAAGUCCACGACAAACCCCUAUGUCACACCCAACAACCGCUACGGCUAUCAGAACGGUGCCAGCUACACUUGGCAGUUCGAGGCUCGCAAGGCACAGAUCCUGAAGUGCAUGGAGUGCGGGAGCUCCCACGAUACACUGCAGCAGCUGACUGCCCACAUGAUGGUCACGGGUCACUUCCUCAAGGUCACCAACUCUGCCUCAAAAAAGGGCAAGCAGCUAGUGUUUGACCCAGUGGUGGAGGAGAAGAUCCAAUCCAUCCCUCUGCCACCCACCACCAACAGGCUUCCAGUCCCCAGUGUCAAAUCUCAGCCUGUCUCCCCUGCACUCUCCUGCGGCUCUGACGAAAAGAGAGAACCGGAAGACGAGAGGAUGGAGGCGAGCGAACCAGGGGAGAAAAAGAUCAAAGAGGAGAUGGAAGAGCCAGGUGAGAAGAUUGAGGUGAACGCUGGGUCGUAUAAGUAUCUGACAGAGGAGGACCUGGAGGAGGCUCCUAAAGGAGGUUUGGACAUCCUCAAGUCCCUGGAGAACACUGUGUCCAGUGCCAUCAGCAAGGCCCAGACGGGCACGCCUCAGUGGGGUGGUGGCUACCCCAGCAUCCACGCUGCUUACCAGCUCCAGGGCCACAUGAAGCACGCAGCACUGCACUCCUCGGUCCAGAGUGUGCAGAUUCAGCCGGUGUUCAACAGCGGGCUCCGCGGGCUGGUGACCCAGGACUCCAGCUCAGUUAUCCACUCCCCCAGGAGCCCUGCAUCUCCGCCCUCUCGCAGGAGCAAUGUUACUGCCAUGGAAGAGCUGGUGGAGAAGGUCACAAGGAAAGCUGUUGCUGCUGCUGUGAAGAAAGAGGAGAAGUUGGUCAGCUUGGACCACCACAUCCAUCCAUCCUCCCUCAAGUCGCCGUCUCCUGUACUGAAAGAGCAGAGGGACCACCACUCAGCACCCAAUGACUUCACCGUCGGGAAGCCCCUUGUGAGGAACAGCAGCCCUGGAAAUGUAGAGUCAGAGCUGGUCUGCAAAAAGGAGCCCAAAGAGAGCCUGGUAGACAACCACCACAGCCAUUCAAAGAACGGCCCAGAGACUCGCCAGUCACCCAUCACCAACGGCACCAACAGCUUGGGCAUCAUCACCGAUCACUCACCAGAGAGGCCUUUCAUCAACCCCCUCAGCGCACUUCAGUCAAUCAUGAACAACCACCUGGGCAAGGCCUCCAAGCCCGUCAGCCCCGCGGGCGACCCCCUAGCCAUGCUCUACAAGAUCAGCAACAGCGUGAUGGAGAAACCGGCCUUUAACCAGACUCAAGCCAAGCAACCCGAGCCCAUCAACUGCUACUAUCAAUACGAGAGCAACGACCAGCCUAUGGACCUGAGGAAGUCCAAAAACAGCAACAACAACAACAGCAACAACAACAACAACAGCAGCACUGUCAGCAACAGCAACAGCAGCAUAAAUGGUAACAAACCCAUAAUGUCAAGCCUGUCUCUGUCUGACAUUUCUUCUCCUCUGAGAGAGAAUGCUUUGAUGGACAUCUCAGACAUGGUGAAGAACCUUACAGGCAGGCUGACACCCAAGUCCUCCGCCCCGUCAUCCAUCUCCGAGAAGUCGGACGCAGACGGCAGUGCGUUCGAGGAUGCUCUGGAUGACCUCUCCCCGGUCCAGAAGAGGAAAGGGCGGCAGUCCAACUGGAACCCCCAGCACCUCCUCAUCCUCCAGGCUCAGUUCUGCUCUAGCCUGCAGGAGACCCCGGAGGGCCGCUACGCCAUGACGGACCUCGGCCCCCAAGAGCGGGUUCACAUCUGUAAGUUCACAGGCCUCUCCAUGACCACCAUCUCUCACUGGCUGGCCAACGUCAAGUACCAGCUCCGGCGGACUGGCGGGACCAAGUUCCUGAAGAACAUGGACUCCUGCCAGCCUGUGUUCCUCUGCGGUGACUGUGCCUCGCAGUUCAGGACUGCGUCCGCCUACAUCGGCCACCUGGAGUCUCACCUGGGCUUCAGCUUGAAGGACUUGUCCAAGCUGUCCAAUGAGCACCUACGGGAGCAGCAGGCUGCCUCCAAAGUGAUCACAGACAAAAUGACUUUUGGCAGCACCCUGGCAUCCCUGACCUCACCAGACGACGACACUGGCUCAGUUUACCAGUGCAGGCUUUGCAAUCGGACAUUCGUCAGCAAGCACGCGGUCAAACUGCACCUCAGUAAGACUCAUGGCAAGUCACCAGAAGAUCACCUGGUGUUCGUCACUGCUCUUGAGAAACUGGAGAAGUAGUAGAGGGGUCUGGAGCUGAGGGAAGAGACAGAUAAACAGACAGAAAGACGGCUGUGUAACUGACCAGAAUUUCAUUGCACUAAGAUAACAUUGUUCACAGUUACUGCACUGGGCCAAACUGAGCUGCCAGAAUCAGUCUUAUUUUUUUGUUGUGAUACUGCCUGACUGGACCAUGUCUUAUUAGAUUUUUUUUGCCAAGCUUUUUUAACACUUAUUUUGUAAUGUAUUUAUAUGCUAUUUGUCUGAUCUGUGCAUGUAUUUUAGUGAACCAAGGUUAAACACGUUUUUUUGUAUCUUUUCAUGACAAAAAAAACGACUACUGUUUCAAUGGUGACUAAAGUGGUGAAAACGAAUUAAGGGGAAAAGAAAACUGUAUAAUACUUGAUAUGAAGAAGGUGAAAAAUCAUUGUACACACCAAAAGAAUGGAAGAACCCCUUCAAAGGCUGAAGUAGCACCUUAUAGACAUUUGAGAUUUUAUUUGUAAAGAGAACGUUUUAAGAUAUUCUGCAUUUGUCAAAAUAUGUUUUAAUUUGAAAGAUAAAUUAUUUUCUUCUCUCGGUUCUUGUCACUCUGCAACAUCUUUGAUAAUGAAUGGCCUGCUCAGAAAUCUGUCAGUGUAUGACAAAACUAAACAGAUAAUGUAAACAUUCAGAGUAAUUGAAAUGCUGCUUUCGGUUACAUAUCAGUCAGUGAAAAUGAAUGGCCGUACAGUAUGCAAGUUUGCUAAAAAAAAAAACGUUUAUGUGAAGUAUCACUUACAGUAAUUUUCCAAUUGUAUGGUUUGUCACCAACUCCUCUUUUUAAAAUUUUGCCGCUUUGAAUUCAACCAUAAAAAGAGCAGUCCUUUACAUGUAAAUGACUCGCAGUGAAAUGUCAUACUCCAUAAGACAUAUCUUGCCAUUUGCAAUAGCUCAACAUUCUUUGUUCUUAAAGGUGUGUGCAUUCUUUAACUUUUAUAUCAUCAUUUUAUAUAAUAAAAAUAAAUAAAAAAUGUUUUAAAAAAUUGUGUAUAUAGAUAUAUACUGUAGAUCCACAAAAAUGUCAUUUUUUAAGAAAUAAGAAUUUAGCUUCUUUGGCUUGGUUUACAGAAAUGAUUUGAAUUAUACUUGCAUCCAGUUUGAUGCAUGAUAUGGUGUGAAAAAGAAUUAAGCGAUGCACAAUGACUAUACAUUUCAAUGUUUUAUCAAUGAUAUUGUAAAAAAAAAUAUUUCUAGCACCGAUUAGUUUGUUUCAUUUUUGUUUUUUCUCAAUUGUAAAAUAAAUCUCAAAGCAGUUCUUGUUAACAGUCA